AGGAAGAAGGAGCCUUCUGAAGGACAUGGCGCUGCUUGGCUCAGACAGGGGGUAAUAAGGUCGGUUUCUGAGCAGGACCGGCAAGUUGGAUACAUGUUUUGCAGAAAAAAAGACCGUUUUACCAUGUGGAUGAACAGAAAGACUGAUAGAGUUUUCCUGAAAACCCUCAGCUAUGUUUUGAAUGUGCUGAAGUUCAGCCCCAGCACUAAUGUCCGCACGCAGUCUUCCCGUAAACUAGGACCAUCAAGGCUGUCCUGGAGGCUCCUGUUCUUCGGUUCUGACCAGUUUGCUGUGGAGUCUCUCAAACUGCUGAAUCUUUCCAGGAAUUCAAAUGAAGGCAUCGUGGAGAAGCUUGAGGUUGUUACAUUGCCUGGUGAUCUACCUGUGAAGAGAUUUGCUCAACAGAACCAGCUGGCACUUCACAGCUGGCCCCCUCACAAUGUUGAGGGACAGUUUGAUGUUGGAGUGGUGGUAUCUUUUGGCCGUUUACUCCAUCAUGGACUCAUUGACAAGUUUCCCUUUGGGAUUCUGAAUGUUCACCCGAGUCUGCUUCCAAGGUGGAGAGGUCCAGCACCUGUGUUCCACACUGUCAUGCAUGGUGAUACUGUGACAGGAGUCACGAUCAUCCAGAUACUUCCCAACAAGUUUGAUGUUGGGCCCAUUCUAAACCAGGAGAUCCAUCAAAUUCCAAAAAACUGUACUGCAGAAGACCUUGGAGCUGCCCUGGCCACCAAAGGAGCACAUCUUUUGCUUGAUACGUUGAUGAAGCUUCCUGAAAAAAUUGCAAAUAAACGAGAGCAGGAACUGAAGGGUGUAACAUUUGCUCCAAAAAUUAAUACAUCCAUGAGUUGGAUUAAUUGGGAAGAACAAACCUGUGACCAAAUUGCUUGUUUGUCUCGUGCCAUUGGAUCCCAGAUCCCUUUAAGGACGAUGUGGAUGGGAAAAACUAUAAAACUUUUGGAUUUUGUUGGAAAAUUUUAUUCUUCAGAUGACAGGAAUCAAAAACCUGGCUCGGUAUACUAUGAUAAGGAUUCCAAUACUCUGGCUGUCUGUUGUAAGGAUGGUUGGGUGGCCUUUAGGACAGUUCUUCUCAACAAACGACUUACAGCAGCUGACUUCCACAAUGGUUAUUUGAAUCAGACAGUCAAAAAGGACACUUCCAGUAAAACUGUUGAAGGACAGUUUGUCAGUCGAAAAGGAAGAACAGAAGAGCUUCAGACAAAGAGUUGGAGAGGUCAAAACAACCAAUAAAGGAAGCAGUGACUUUGGAGGGAAGCGCUAUCACCACCUGGUUUAGACGGCACUCUACCACCCCAAGAAAAAAACCCAUUUUUAUUCUGAUUUUAUAUUUUUCUAAAACGUGAAUGUGAUAUGUAGAAAUGUAUUGUGAAUAUGGUUAUGAAUUAACAAAAUAAACGGUGAAAUCUUGAGGA